CUUUCUUCUUCUUAGGUGUGGCUUCUCUUCUCUCUCCAAGAACAUUUCUCAUUACCACCUACCAUAUUUAUCUGAAUCAAAAUAGAAUACACACCAUCCUUCUUUUGAAGCUUAGUGAGGAGAGAAAUCAAGAUGUCGACGGAUUGGGGGCCGGUGAUCGUUGCGGUAAUCCUCUUUAUUCUCUUAUCACCAGGGCUCUUAUUUCAGCUACCAGCAAGGAAUAGAGUAAUAGAAUUUGGUAACAUGUACACGAGUGGGAUCUCGGUUCUGGUUCACAGUGUCAUCUUCUUCGCAAUACUAACCAUCCUGGUGAUUGCAAUAGGCGUUCAUGUGCAUGCCGCGUGAUCAACAAGAUGGUGAAAGUUUCAUGUUCUUCCACUUCGGUUUGGACUAGUCUGUGCUUCAUGUGGUUCCUUUGAAAAAUAUUUUUUUUCUUUGCAACUCUAGCUUGGUAGAGUUAUUGGGUAUUUUUAUCCAUCUUCACAUUAGAUGCAUCAAGUUGGAUUGAUUCCCAAGGGUACACUGAAUUAUAUAUUGAUGUUGUGCCAUGGGUGGGGAAUGAAUGAACUCAAGUCAAAAAUCAAAACCUUUUAUGAAGUUUAUCUUCUAGAA